CAACUUUUUUACCCACGUGCAGCAGCUGGUUUUUGCUUUUUGAGAGACCUGUGUGUAAUCAUGAUCAUUCUUCUUUGCGUCAGAUUCUAACAGCGAAAGGUAAAGAGAACCACGAAGAGACAGUUUCAAUUGAGCAAGACACGUUUCGCCUUUUUUAGCACGUAUAGACAUCGAUCUCAAGGACCGUUUGAGCAACAGCAAUUUUGUGCUCGAUACGAAUAUCAUGUCAAUGUACCCCCUGUCGAAGUUCAAGUAGAGAAGCAAUCACCAUGGCCCAUUGACAACAGCGGCGCAAUUGUGGAUACCAUUGAAUUCCGUGUGGUUGCGCGGCGCGGCUCACCCAAAAACAUCAACUUUCGAUAGCGCGCAACUUGCUCUGGUCGGCGCAACUUCUGUUCAGUGGAGAGCUUUUCCGACUAACGAGAUUUUAUCUCGCCCGCCAUGACCACCACUACACCCCAAGUUGUGCUAAAAGACCCGAGUGGUCCACCCCACGACAACAGCAAAGACCUCCCAAAAGCUGCUCUCCAGACGACGACCGCCAAGGCGCACCGUUCCUACGGCGCUUUCCUGAUUCAGAAAUGCUGCCAGCAAACCCCAGCAUCCUUCCCCCAACGCGUGAUGGUGACGGCGUGCCACAUUUUUCAGGUCUUCUACUGCUAUAUGCAUUGCAAAAGUAUCGCACUCGUUCUCGUAUAAAUGCAUUACAAAUUUCCUCAGCAUGAGAAAGAAAAUUUGUAAUGCGGGUUUACCUUAAGAAAACAAUUUGUAAUGCGUGACUGCAAUACGUGUGCGAUGCUCUUGCGAAGGAUAUACUACUGCGAGUUCCAAGACCAUGACGUCCGGUACACGGCAAUCGCAGCCUUGUCUCUCGCGUGUAAAACGGAGGAGUGCCGGAUUUCGUUGAAGCUCCUGAUGGGGAAGUUUAUCGUAUUCAAAAACGUCCCCACCCCGUAGUUGUAAUGCAAACCUGCAUGCUGAAAGUCAAAGUGUUUGUCAUGCGGAGCCCUCCAUGAGAAGCAUUUUCUAGUCGUGUUUUGGAAUUUGUAAUGCUGAAAUCAGCAUGAUAACCUAGAUCUGCGAUGCUGCUGAACUACCUCAAACAUCAGCACUACACUACGAGUCCAAAUUUGUCAUGCGAAACAGCCAAAACUUGCGGACUUGUCUAGCCGAUUCUCCUUCUUGACAAUGGGGUGGGGACGUUUUUACAUAGGAUAAAGUUUUCUACCGCUUUACUUUCUUCCCAGUUGAACGCCGGAUCACCCGACGAAGCGGAGAAAUUCGAUUUGCAGUUGCAAGCGAAAAAACUCGUGCAGAUGGAGAAACGGGUCUUGCGGGUUUUAGGGUUCGAUUUGGUCCAAUUCUGCUCCUACAAUCGAGAACCUGUAGUACAACUUGUGGGGGAAGGAGAAGAUGAUGAAAACAAGCCGGCAGGAGAAGUAGGUUCAGCACGACUUCCCGAUGGAAUGACGAUGCAAGAAGAUGAAGGAAAGAAUUCCUCAGCUGUCCUAAGUCUGUCUCACGCACACACGCAAUCCGUCCUUUACGAGUUGUUUAACACAACAACUGUGGGUGCAGCUGCUUCCGCAGCAUCACCCAGGGCAGGGGCCGCCAAUGAUGAAAGAACAAAUCUUCGCAAUCGAAGCCCACGAAGAAAUGUAGGAUUAUCUUCGGGAUCUUCUGCUUCCUCCACACGUAACCAGGCCCUCCUCACGAAAGCCAUCGCCUACGCGAACGACUCCCUCCGGACCGAUCUUCGGUGUCUCUACUCCGCGGAAGUGGUUGCGAAGGCGUGCUUGGAGCUCGCCAGGCGGGAUCUGAAGGAGAAAAAGGUUUUUCUAGCGGUUCUAUGCAUUGCAAAAGUAAUCGUACUCGUACAAAUGCAUUGCAAUUUUCCCCAGCACCAUGACAAAUAGAAUUUGUAGCUUGGAGACAAGAUUCUGAUUUGUAAUGCAAGACUUGCAUUUGUACGAGUGCGAUACUUUUGCACUGGAUAGAUUCAGCCUGGCAGCGAGGAAGAGCUGCUUCUAACGAAAGUGAUGCGAGAAAUCUUGGAAGUGUAUGAGUACGAUAGCCUGUGGAGCGGCGGGCGCGAGAGAACAGCUGUCGUCGUGGGGACGAAAAUUAGCCAAGGUAAGACCGAUCAUGAUGCGGAGACCGUGAGUAAACAGGAUACAAAUUAUUCGAUGUCGCCGGAAGAUCAGCACCUCCCCGGCGAUCCUGUCGGGCAGCCAAGGAGCACGGGACGGAGGAUAAGCCUGAUCUUUCCGACGCAGCCGAGCCCAGAUACGACGGAUGAGGAGGAGGAUAGUUUGUGAAAGUAAAGAUCUUGAACAUCAAAACACUCGUGCUCUACUUGUUGACCUCUAAAGCGCCAAAUUCUUGAAUUUCUAUCAACACCUAGUACAAGCGACCAUGGCACCAUAUCCAAGCAACAUGAAAAUUUUGCUGCAGCACCGUAGCUCGUGCG